UUACAAAUUAAAAACCAGAGACGAUAGAAAACAGACCUGAAAAUGAAUACAGCUAAUACUUUAGACUUUGAUAUAAUAUGUAGAAUUUGUUUAAAAAAUGAACCAGAGAUAAAAUCAUUAUUUGCAUCUUGCGCUGCUCAUAUGCUAAAUUUUUGUCAAUUUCUAGAGGUAAACGAAAAUGAUGAAUUACCCAGUAACAUAUGCAUAACAUGUCAUAAGUCUGUGCAAGAUAGUUAUGAUUUAAAGCAAAAGUGUAUCAUAUCUAAUAAGACUUUAAAAACAAUUUUGGAAAAUGCUUCGGAAAAUGAACAAAGUUUAUACGUUUUUGAGAAGGAAGAAAUUUGUACACAAGAAGUCAAAUGCACAAAGUGUAAUAUGCAUUUUUCCAGUGAAGAGCUUUUAAAUGAACAUAUUUUAAAUGAUGACAAAGUUGAGAUUACAAACGAGAGCAGUAAGUUGUUAGACGCUGAAGAAACAAAUGAUAAUGACAAAACGCAUUUUGAUGAAAAUAAAACAUACAUUCAAAACUCGGACGAUGAAUUGACAUCAUUUUUGGAAGCAAGGACUACUUCAUGGCCUUAUAAAUGCACACAAUGUACCCAGUCAUUCAUCGAAGAAAAGGAUCUCAAUUUACAUAAAUCUACACAUACUUCUGGAGAUCCAGUAUGUGUAGUUUGUAAUAAAAAUUUUCGAACCAGACAAAUGCUCAAAAGACACAUGAAAAUUCAUAUGGUGCACAAACCUCACAUUUGUCAACAUUGUGGGAAAGGUUACGCAGAAUCUCAUUCAUUAACUAAGCAUAUGAGGAAGCACCUAGGUAUUCCAAGAGAAAAGAAACAUUUCUGUGACGAGUGUGGCCAAGGAUUUUCUGAACCCUAUUAUUUAAAUGUCCACAUAAGGAAGCAUACUGGUGAGCGACCACUGAAAUGUGAAAUGUGUGAUAAAUCUUUUGCAGACCCUCGUUCGUUAAAAGCUCAUAAUAUGAUGCAUUCUGGCGAAAAACCGUACAAGUGUCAUAUUUGUUCGAAAUCCUUUAGUCAAAGUGUCAAUUUAACAAAACAUAUAAGGGUUCACACUGGGGAGAAACCUUAUAUUUGUACGAUUUGUGAUAAAACUUUUACUCAGUCCUCUAGUCUACAGAAGCAUCACAGGACUCACACGGGAGAGAAGCCCUUUGCCUGUGAUAGUUGUCCAAAGAGAUUCGCCGAGAAAGGAACUCUAAUUCACCACAUAAGGACGCAUACUGGCGAGAAGCCUUAUGUAUGUGAAAUUUGCGGUAAAUCGUUUGCUAGUCUGUCAGAACUAAAACUGCACGACAGGAAACAUUCUGGAAUUAAAAAAAAUAUUUGCAACGUUUGUGGGAAGGACUUUGCGACACCUAGCAACCUUUUGGUUCAUACCAGGUCCCAUACGGGCGAAAAACCGUUUGAAUGUUCGACGUGCAACAAAAAAUUUGCAGAUAAAGGAACGUUAAAUAAACAUAGAAGUUUAAUUCACUCGACUGGGAAGAAAUAAUUAUUUUAGUAUGAAUUAGAACUGUGAUUUUAAGUUUAAUUUUUUUUAGUAAAAGAAAAACAUAU